AUGGCGGCCAUGGAGAAGGAGUUUUUCUGGGGUAGGCGUUAUAUUUUGGUGCAGUUUUACCAUAGUGAUCCUUUAUUAACUCCCACUUUCCACAGGGUGUGAGCUAAACAAAGAAAAGAGAGAGUAUAGCUGGGAUUCUGAAGAUGAGGAAUUGAGCAAAGCUGAUAUUGAACAGAAAUUAGUAGUGUCACAGGUAUGAAACGUUUGUUUACACCACGUGCGAAGGGACCACUAGAUUUUGAGUUCGAAAAUUUUUGAAGGCAAACGUUAUCGCAAAGAAAGGGUGGCAGACAAUUGACACGUGUUUAGGACUUGGUAAGGAAGACAGAAUCGAGGGCUUUUCUUCGAAAACUCGGUUGCCAAAAUUGGCCUAGCAACUCAGCUCAGCCUGCUUAGCUUGCAGUUAGCUUGUCCUUGGAGGAUUAUCUCUGAGAGUUGUAAUUGAUCAAGGAACUCUUAUUUGUUUCAAGAUCUAUGGAGCUUAUAAACAUUUCAGUACACGAAGCAGUUUUUAUAUCGAAACUGAAGUAUUAUGUUAAGCUUUAGUGUAUCAAGAAUACAGAAGAAAUAAAUUUAAAUGUGCUUGAAGCUUCCAAUAAAUUCCACGUGCUUUGCGCUUGUUUUGUUUUGACCCUCUGUUUCAAAAUUUCCCUUCUUGCAAAAGAGUAUGAUGUUAGUGAAAUCAAGGGAUACUGUGUAUAACUCUUGAUUCUCGAUGACUGCUUUUCAAUUCUUGAUGCUUGAUUCUUGCAGGAAAUAUCGAGUUGAGAAUUACAACAGACUGCUCAACUUUAAUACCGCAAUGUUAGUUAUCCCUUAGUUUUCUAACGGGCGAAGAUCAUUACACACAUGAAUUGACUAAUGCACAGAUAGUGCUAGCACUUUAGUGGACAAGAAUCAGAUGUUAUAUAUAGAUUAACAUCACUAACGGAUAUGACUAGCACUCUAACCAGCCAGGAUCAGAUGCUUAUGGACUGACUACUGUCGAUAGCGAACACAUAGCUAUGGUUUUAGACCAUUUGACAGAACAUUGUUCAUGUACAUUGUAUGUUGUCCCAGAUAAGUUCACGAUUACUUUAUUGAUACUAUUUACACAUGCAGGAGCAUUCGAUAGAGUACCCUGAAUAUUCUACAAUUAAUUUUAGAAUGCCCUUUGGCAACACAGUUGCCUAUCAAUUACCAUGUAUGUGGCUCCAGAACUACAAUUUUUAGCAAUCUCUUUUUCAUUCUUAUAUUGUAUGGAAAGACAUGUAUGUGAUACACCAAACAAACUCUUUUUGAUGUUGUACAAAGUAUUAGAAAACAUUUUUUAGGACUUGGUUUCCUUUCAGUAUUUUGCAACUUUGUAGUGUAUACCAACAUUGAAAUGUACAGUGCACAUGAAUAUUGUCGAUAGAUGCUAUAUUAUUGUGUUUGUCUACAGGCCUGUCUUGGUGCUAAAGCUAAAUCUAGUGAGAAAAACAUUGUGGAAGUAACAACAACAGACAGCAGUGACAGCUCCGUGACCCACACAAUUCUCAAUUUACAAUCUGGAAGACUAGAUCAGGUAAGUGAUGCAGUACACCCACAUCAAUGUGCUUUUUGUUGCAUGAUGAUUAUACAGCUGCAUAAUGUAUCUAUUACACUGUACGUUAAAAUGUCAACUUGGGGUUUUCUAAAAAUAAGCUAUUCACUUUGAACCAGGUGUUUUCAAAACUGUUUUUUGGUCUUCCCUUGGUUCACAAAAUAUGCAAGAUACAGUCAUUUCCUGUAAGGCAAUUUAUCCACAGUAAUUGAGUAACAGAUGUGAAGUAGACAGGAAAAGUUUGUGUGAAGUUUUCUCCCAUUUUGCGUUAUUGUGCCCUUUUUCAUUUGUUCAAUUCUUCCAAGCUGUCACACAUGUAUCAAGCUACUGAGGCAGGUGCAUGUACAUGUACAUGUAUGUAAGUCAAAGUGUAAACACUGUUUAAUAACAAUAAGUGCGUUAUAAUUAUUUUUUAUAGUGUUAAGUACACUGUACUUGAUAUGAGAGAUCUUGUAAACACCGUUGCUUGUUUUGUCUUUUGGCUACAAAUUUCAAAUAUUAAAAUGUUCUAAAAAUGACUCUGAAACUAAUAUAAUUUUGUUAGAGAAUGGUUAUUAUUUACGUUAAAAUUUAUUUAUGUUUUGCUCCUUGUAGUGUCGACUCAGUUUAGGAUUCCCAUCAUCUGUUGUUUUUAAACUCGUAGAAGGUUAGUAAUAUUUAUUUUUAAUAUGAAUAUCUCACAAAUAGGCUGUGGAUUAUUAAUUUUUAUUUACUCGGAUGUAUUUUUUUACAUUUUGUAUGUGUUUAUAAGUGUAACUGAGUUUUUUGUUCAAGUCAGCGUCUGAUCAUCAUGUCCAUCUGCAAAUGUUAUUAUGCCAAACAUUAGGCAAUUAAUUUUAUUCAGACAUUGUCCGAUGGCCAUUCUGUUGUGUGCAUUUCUGACUAAAAUGACAUGUUUGUAGGUUCUGGUCCUGUUCAUCUCACUGGUUCUGUUUACCAAGGUAAUGUAAGAGUUAACUAGCAAUUUUUAAGGUAAAAAAGUAUGUCUAUAUAUUUAAAUACUACAACUACAGAAGUAUUGUGAACAUAAUAAGACAUUUUGAAAAAAGAGCUGUUUUUAACUGCCCUGAUUUUUUUUUUGAUCUUAUAUUUUUGGUACAUCGUAUCAUGAGUGUUGUGUUAUCGAACUUUGUCCCUUCACGGGUUAUGCGUUUGUUGUUUUACAUCUACACAUGCUCACUGUUAGCAUGCUAAAGGAUUAAACAUGGCAGUUUGUUGAAUAGUUGCUUUAGCUCUUGUCUACUUUCAAUAACCCAAGAAUGAGGAGAGGUUUUUUGCUUUUUAUCAUAAUAUCCCUUGACUUUUAUAAACUACAUUUAACUUGGUUGUGAGAUGAAGUUCAUUUCUGCAGUAUUUUUCUAUGUGUACCUUAGCUAGUUCCUAUUCUAAAAAUGCUUAUCAGAGAAACAUUAACACUUUGUGAAAACUUUUUUUAUAUUUCCAUUUUUUUAAAAUUGAGAUUUGUAUUUGUAGAAUUGUUCAUCGAGCAAGGUGAAGGUGAAGAGGACAGCGAUGAUGGUAAAUGAUUUAAUUAAGUAGAGUGCAUAUAGUGCAGUGGAACCACACUCUAUAGACACCCACUUAAUACAGACACCCAUAUAAUAUAACGGACAGUUUCAUUAGUCCAGUGAAAAGCUCAUACAUGUGCACGUACGCAUAUGUUUACUCUAAAAUUUACCCACAUAUAAUAUGGACACUGGUUAAUACAGACAUACAGACACUUUUCUCAAAUAUUGUCAACCUGGCAUUACAGACACUGGUUAUCUGCACAGUGUCUAUGACUGAAUAGCUCACCAGUAGAAACCUAGCAGAAUUAACGGCAAAUGACCUUUUAAUUGUCUGUCUGAUGUUCAGUCCACCUAGCUGAGUUGCAAAAUCAACGUUAAUUUAGUCACGGAUGCAGGAUUCUAUUGUUGUAUCAUUUCAAGACAAAAUACUUAUACAUGGUUUGAAAGGUAGCUUAACUUUUAGUCUGAGACAGUGAUGAAUAAUUUUGAGUUCUUAAGGAUCAGGGUUAGCAAAUUUUAUUGAUGAGUGGAGUCAGUGUGACUUCUGCUUCACAAAUUUUGGAGUCAUUUUGGAAUAUUUGGAGUCAAGUAUCAGACUUUCCAGCACGUGGUCCCGGCAUGUAUACACUAUCGUGAGGGAUACACGAAGUAGCUGUGGCGGUGCGCUGACCUGGAAAGCUCAAAUCCAUGAUGGCGGUCAUCGAGUAAACUUUGAUCGUAAUUUACCCUCUUCCUGUUUUGUCGUGGAGUAUAAUUCUUUAAUUUCGAUGAUUUAAUUAAUAAGGUUUACAACGUUUACAAUUAACAUAAAUUGUAUUUGUUGCGAAAAAGGGAAGGAUAAAACUGUGUUUGUUACCGAAAAUGUCUGGAGUCUAAGUGGCUCCCUGUUUGUUACCGAAAAUUUUUGGAGUCAAAGUGACUCCCUCCGUAACCUCAGUGGAGUCAUCUGAACAAUGUUGGCGUAAAAUACGCCAAAUUUGGCGUAUUUGCGAACCCUGAGGAUGAACUUGUAAAAGUUAUGGAUAAGAAAUUAAAACAAUGUUUCCUCAUCAAAUACAAAACAUGUGUCCCUGACAUUUUUUUUGAGACCCCACUCAAUACUGACACCCAGAUAAUAAUGGACACUAUGGCAUGUCCUCUUGGUGUGUGUAUUAACCACUGGUUCCACUCUACUGUCAUUGGUAUGUUUUGCCAAUUACUAAUACCAACUUCAAUGUAAAUGUAAAUGUGGUAAAAAUUCAUAAACAAAAGAUGGUCUCAUAUUAUGAUAAACAUGUAUGAUGAUGUCAAUUAGCUGAUGUGAAAAAUAUGAAAAGAAACCUUGUCUCUCAUCAUUUUUUCUACUUGUAAAUUGAAAAGGUUUUGUUUUAAGAGAGUGUUUAUUUUAUCUUGCAGAUGAGGAAGCCCCCAAUCUUCUGAAUUCAGAGGCAAAUUCAACUUCAAAGGUAUAUAAUAAAAAACUUUUGCUUUUAAUAAUAAAUUAUGCCAAAAUUAAAUCUCUCUUUUAACAAGGUUUGUUCAUUUUAUUUUCCUAGAAACGACCACUUCCUUCCGAGACUCCUAAAGGACCUCCUAAGAAACUUGCUCGUGUUGAAGAUGGUAAGCAGAUCAUUGUACAUUUCUGGGAAACUGCCCUACCCCUCCCCUAAGCUAAUACUAACACUUACUAUUUACUUAGGACAAAAUGUUGGCUUAGGGGAGGGGUAGGUAGGCAGUUUCCAAACAAUAGUUAGCCUUCAUGGGAGACAAAGAGCUCUGUUAACUUACACACAACCUUUGUGUGUCUUUCACAGAUUCCCAGUAGACCUUGCCACUUUGUACGUAGUAGGCAAAACAUACAUGUAAAUUUGUGUAGGCUAGUUUUACUUAAACUUUGUAUUGCUCACCUGUUUUGCAUGUUUAGAGAACAUGCAAUAAAUUGUUAUCUGAGGGUAAUAUGCAGCAGUUUUUGAAUAACAUAUUGUUUGUAGUUAAAUCAUGUAUUGAUUUAAAUGUGCACUAUAUGUACAUAUACGUUGUGUAUAAUUUGGGGUUUCUUUUGUUGCUUUUACUGUGUACAUAUACAUGUAAAAAAUAAUAACACUCACUAGAAUCCAACCGAGAUUUCUUUUGUUGCUAAUUUCAGAAGAAGACGAAAGUGGCGAGGAAGAGGAGGAUGAGGAUCAGGAUGAAUCUAGUGAGGAGCCUGUGAAAAUGGAAGUAGACAAAAAGGAUAAACAGAAAAAAAAUGCAGAGACAACUCCAAAAGCAUCCGUAAGAAUUGGUUUUAAGUAAUCUUUUAACAUUAUCCUCCCAAAUUUGGCACCAACAGAAAGAGUCAGAUUUUUUACUGUCUAAAAAUGAUGGAAAUGGGGGUUUCUGGUAAUAUAUGAAAGUGGAAAAAAUUGUGGGAGUGCAUGCUCUGGCCUCUGUUAGAAAUUCUCUGUACAGGAAAACAGUCACGAUUUUGCCUUGAUCCACGCCAAAGGGGUCCGAACCCCUUAUGUUGAUCUUGGAGACAAUAUUGUAUGGUCAUUAAAUUAAAGUAACAUACAUGUACAUAUACAUGUAUAAGGUUAUCAAAGGAAAAUGAAAAAAAAUUGAAAAAAGCUGAAAGGAAUAAUAUUAUUAUUAUAAGGCAUACUCACUGCAUUCAAGCAUUCACUCUGAUGAAAGAAUGAAGCAGAAAAACAUCUUACAGUAACAGUGGCUAUUUUUGCAACAGUUUUUUCAGGGUUAUCUAAAUGUCAAAUGUAUGCAAUUUGCAUGGCUAACUAUUUCCUUUUUGUUUAUGCUUUUUUGUGUCACUAUGUUACAGAUGUAGGUGCACACAUACUAUGGCACUUUUGCUGUUUGUCAUUCGUAGAAUGCAUUAUCAGGGCUGUGCUCUAGCAGAGCCCGGUGGCCCCUGGCGCCUAACUUUUGCCCUCGGGCGACUAGAAAAUCUCAUAUUUUUCAUACAAAUAAUAUGCUGGGCACCCUAGAUUUUACAGUUUCAGAGCACUGGGCUCCCUUCCAUUUUCCUUAGAGUACGGCCUUGAUUAUGCAAAUGUAUUAUAAAGAGUGCGCGUGAAUUGUUUGUUUUGAUUAUGGAUGUUGCUUUUAAUCAGACGAAUAAAACAGAAGAAAAAGACGCCAAAGCAAAGAAGACAAAGAAGGACAGUGUAGAGGAAGACGAAAGCGAGGAGGAAAGUGAGGAGGAUGAUGAAGAUGAAGACGAGGAGGAGGAGGAGGAGGAAGAAGACGAGUCUGGCGAAGAUGAAAGCGAAGAGGAGGAUGAUGAAGACGAGGAAGAUGAAAGUGAGGAAGAAGAUGAAAUUGCAGACAGUUUGGUGGCAAAGAAGAAGGUGAGGAUUCUUUUUCUGUGGAUUUCUUUGGUCAUGGGAAAAUAAUUAUCAUAAGGUUUGAUGUGAGAUCACUUAAUUCUAUUCAAUUCCUGCUCCCAGCUUGAGAAAUGAUUUACACCUUUGAAAAUUUCACUUAAGUUGUGGAAAUGGCCCUAUUUGCUUUGGAAUGAUAGUAAUCAAUUAUGAAUGACAAAAUUCUAGCUUCGUGUCAAACAAAAUAAUGAACUUUGAAAAACUGUUAGGCUAACCAUAGUAACAAGUUUUCAAAAACCACAAUAGGCCUUUUGCAUUUGUUGAUCAUGUGAUUAACUUUCUGUAGACAUGAAAACAGUUCACUUUUCAAAAAAUUUGUAAGCACGAGCUACAAGAGCAUAUUAAAAUUAAGUAACCUUUGAAUUUUCAGCCAUAUAUCUCAAAAGUAACGAUUGCAAUGGCCACCAAAGUUAGUAGGAUUUGUAUGAGUAAAACAACUGUUGCCACCAAAUCACGCUUGAGUGGUUUACUCUUUGGAAAUUCUGCAAUUUUUAAACUGUCGUUAAGUCUUUCCCUUACGCAUUUAAGGGCCCAAAGUGCCUGUUAUGAAUUAAAAGGAGAUUUGAGCCCCGUAAUUUAACAGUUUGAAAAUUUUGAAAUUUACAAGGAUUGGUAUGGGAAACCAUUCAAGUGUGUAUGGGUGGCAAAAGUUGUUUUCUUGAUACAAAUACUUCUAACUUUCAGCAGCCAUUGCAAUCACUACUUUUGAGAUAUAUGGCUGAAAAUUUACAGGUUACUUAAUUUUAAGAUGCUCUUUCAGCUCGUGCUAACAAAAUUUUCAAAAGCGAGCUGUUCGUGUUUACCAAAAGUUGAUCACAUUAUCAACUAAUGCAAAAGGCCUAUUGCAAUCUCUUUCAAUCUCUUUUAAGUUUUGCCCACCUGUGCCUCUUUUUGUAUUUAUAUUUCAUUGUGUUAUUUAUACAAGUAUCUUCUUUGAAUGUUCUGAGCAGUUUUUUUAUGUUCUGCUCAAUUUUGGUGCGAAUUCCCAUUGUUUAGAUUUUGAUCAAAUACGUGACACAGAUCCUUUAAGACAGGGUUGUCAUUAAGAGCCGGGGGCCGGGGAUUUUUCUCGGCUACUAAGAGACUGGUCCCCAGCUACUUUUAUUGGAAAAUAGAAGAAAAAUAGAACCAAAAGAAAUCCCUAGCCGUUUGAUUCCCCGCCUACUUGAUGUAUUUACCCGGCAACUUGAAAUCUUAGUGACAACCCUGCUUUAAGAUCAUGGUAGAGAUUGUUUGAAUCCUUUCUUUCUUUACAACAGGGAGGAAAACCAGAGCAGAAAAAACCAUUGACCAAUGUAAGUAGCUGCACCACUGUGUGAUGUCUGUGUUUUAGACAGUCAUGGUGUAUACAGGUAGAAAUACCCAGAAAAGACAAAUUCUUAGGCAUUGAGGAGGUUAUUAACACGUACAAGCCUCUGGAGGCCAGAGGGACCUUGUCAGCCAUACUAUGCACAUUUCAUAAGGUGUGCUUGUAUCUAAUAUUUUUUUAGUUUUGUCCACUCUUUCUUGCGUACAUUAGAAAAUUGUUGCUGUUUCUUUUGUUUUCUGUAAAGGGAGUCUCCAAACCAGGCAAAAAAACAGCAGAAGAGAAGGAGAAACCACCAAAGACAGCAGCCAAGCAGGUUUGUGAGUAGUUUCAUGACGUACAUGUAGAUGUGUAGUGGACUAGCAUUGUUAACUGUUUGUACUAUAAUACACUGAGGGUAAGAUUGGACAAAGGAAAUUAUAUACAUGUAGAGCGUAUAAAGUCCUGUGAGAUACAAUGCAUGUCAAGGUACAAUUCAGCAUUGCAGUCAAACCCAUCUUACAGUGCUAAGCCAGCCUGUAUGAAGUACAGUGCAGCAUAAUAGUCUAAUAGAUGCCCCAAGAGAGGGCGUUUGAAUUGAUAGGAGGCGUUUAGAAGAGAGAGGCAUUUUAUGUUCAUUUUUGUAGCAAUCUUUACAAAGCUAAUGUAAUAAUUAUGCUUUUGGCGAAAACAGGAAGAGAGUUUAUGGAGAGGAUAAUAUCCAGUCUAGGCUCAUAGAGAUUUUCCUUUUUUUUUUUUUUUCGUUCUACAUUCUACAUUUAGUGCAUACAUUUGUCACGUUGUCGCAUAAACUCGUCAUUUUGCUCGUGCAUUCAGAACGUUUUUUUCUCUAUAUGGCCACAGUCCCGUAAAAGUAAUGAAAGUCCAGUUUUUGCUUAGACAUCACAUGCUGGGCACCCUGGCUGGAUUUCACAGUUUCAGAGCACUGGGCUCCCUAGAAUUUUUCUUAAAGCACAGCCUUGCCUGAAAGAUGGUUAAACUUUAGCACAAACAGAGAGAAAAAACACUUUGAGGUGGAUUCAUCAAGUAUGUGCUGGACAGUACUUGUUGUCGCCACGUCUUCUUGGUUAAGUUUUAGAUUUGGUUAACCGGUAAGCAUCCAGUUGGCCAUUUCCCAAAAGGUGACUGGGAUUAUGGCUUUGACUGUGUAAAAUGAGAGAUGAUUUUUUAAAUUUUAUUGAGCUGUGUUGAUGACUGUUUGUGUUUUCAAUUAAACAGCAAAGUACGACAAAAACCGGAGGGAAAGAUGCUAAAAAACCUGCUCCCAAAACCCCUGAAACAGUAAGAUACAUGUGUAUUGUAAUAUGUUAUAUGCAUCAUUAGAAGGAAUCUUUGAUAUUCGCUACUUUUGUUAGGCCUAUAAUUAAUCUUGUUAACACCUGAAAAUUUGCUGAGACACUGUCUUACGCUUUCUCUUGGGACAACUGUAAUACUCAGAAGUAAUUGAAACCGACGGGCCAUUUUCGAGUUCCAAUAGCUCUCACUUUCAAAACGAGAAUAAGGGCAAAACCUCUCUUGUAACAAUGAGAAUAAAAAAAUCAUUUUCUUUUCAAUAGCUUCGCCCUUAGCCUCGUUUUGAAACAGAGGUUUGGUGCAAUUCGGAAAUGGACCAUUCUUAUGCACAAUUUUUUGGGGGGUGGCGGGGGAAACAAAGUGUAAUAAUGAGCAAUGUGAAAGUGGAAACGAAACUUGAUAAUGAAAGAUAUAUUUUAAAUCACUUAUUUGCAGUGGGCAAAUUCUUAACUAUACGCGUAUGUUGCAGUUUAAUCCACCCGGUGAUAUAAUGUCAAGAUCAAGAUUUUCCUUUGUUUACACUAAUCAAAACUGGGUUUCUAAAGCUACAAUGUAUUCAUACCAAUUUUUUGUGAGCGAUGUUUAACUCUACCGUGCGAAAGUCAUUCACAUAAUUAUAAAGUUCAAUUAAUUAUUAACUAACCCAAUAACAAUUUCUUUUGUUGCAGCUGAGCAUGGACCAAAUCAAAGAAAAAUUAAAAAAGGUUUGUUGUGUGAGAUUUAUGGAGUUCUUAAUGUGUGGCUGGCUCACUGUGAAUUGUUGUGCAAGCGAGAAAAACAAAAUAGAAACACAUUUGGAAUAUUUUAAGUCACUUCAUAAGUUGGUUGAGUAUGAUCGUCCAGGUAAUGGUAGUCCUGACGCCUCGACUGACGUCUCGACAACCUGUGCGGUAGUCAUCUUCAGACUCAAAAUGAGUUGUAUCACAUUAGUUGGUGGUAAUUUAUUUAUGGUAAUAUAUUUAUCUAAUUUAUUAAGUCCUGAUGUUAUUGGUCGUCUGUCAGUUAGCCGUGAUGUUGUUGGCUAUGAAAACUCUAAAAUUGGUGGGUUUCGAUCCGUCUUAACAGUUGUUUACUUAUGGACUAUUUAGCAAUUAUUGAGUGAGGUUGAGCAGGCUGUGAAGAAUUAUGCAGGUCAAAGGAGAAUGUUAUCCACCGAGGCUGACGGCCGAGUAAGCCGUUUUUAUUGGUUAUGUCUCCUAGUUUUGCAUUCGUGAGGUGGAAGACUCUCAUAACCAGUUCGGGGUGAUAAAAAGUGAUGUUUUCAUUUUGCAGACACCAAGUCUUCCAAAGAAAGUAGAUAAGUUCAAGAACUACAUGAGAAGUUCUUUUAAGAUGACAGAUGAAGGGGUAAGUUGUUUGUUGUAAUGUAAUUGUAAUGUUCACAAUGACGUAAAAACAAUUGCCCUCUGGCAACUCUGCUCAUACAUAACCAUAAAAGAGCAUUACAUCAUAUACCCAUGUAUUUUGCGCUAUAUAAAUAAUAAAGUGAUGUUUUUAUGUUUAUGAUGUGAUGUAAGAUGGAAACUAAACCAGUGCUGUUACCAAGUUUGGGAGAAUAUGGCUCCACAAUUUCCUGAAACCUUGUCAGACUUUUUUAUAGAUCAUGCAACCAUACAAACGUGUGUAAAAUCUUGAGAAUUGCGGAGCUCUCUCUUUGCUCGUUUCUAUUGUAAAGCGCUCUUUCUCGCAGUAUCGAUAGAUUCUUAUAAACUGUUCCAUAAUUUAUAGCUAAUUACAUGAAUAUAUGUUAUAAACCUAAUAGCAAAGAAACCCAGUGGAAACCCCUGGGCUUGUAGGUAAUAAAUUUCCCACUAGACUGACGAGAUAAACAAAGACUGUAGACAAAGUCCGUGAAGGGUGUAUACAGUGUAUCUAUAGAGAGACGGUGAAGUGUCCAAAUCUGCGUAGAUGAAGCUUGCUUUAACAGAAAAGUUACGUUUUAGAAAAAUUAAUUUGGUUGACCUUUCGUGACUUAUUCUCAUGUAGGGAUACUUGCAAAAUAUCAUCAUGUUUCUGCCCCAUGCUUGAAGUUUCGCCUCGUUGCGUCUACCCUGUCUAUGUCAGAUGAUUGCGGCACACAGAAGAUUUCUUCUUUUUUUUAGCAAAUUGCUUUAAAAGAAAAUCGUAGAUGUGGCAAUAAAGUAUUGGCGGAACGUAAACUACUUGCACCAACCCUUCAGUUUUAUCCACCCACUCUUACCGACAGUACGAGUUAACCUUGAGAGAAUUUUUUUAUUGGUGUACGUAGCUCAAAGUAACGGCAGAUAAGCGGACAAUGUCCGGCCAAGCUGAGCAUUUUUCCGAUCACUGACUUUCGGUUCGCCGAUCAGUUUGACCGGACACGGAAAUAAACGACCAGGAAAAAAAAAAACAUUUCCACACCAUUUCAUUUCAAGAGGACGAGCAUCUUUUUUCACUUUAUUUUUUUAAUUGAAAUAUAUGAAAUGGCUCACUUUGAUUGUUAGGCUUGUACUUUAAAGUUAUUAUCGUGUUAUUUUUGACAUUUUGACUGGUCAGUAAGAGAAGAGAGACGUAGCCGGGGUAAAAUUUCUUUGGCCGGUCAACACGACGUAGCCGGGGUAAAAUUUCUUUGGCCGGUCAACACGAUCGGCAUCAGUCCCAUAUUUAUUGUUGUAAAAAAUUUUAGUUUCCCAGUAUAGAUAAAGUAUAUUGUAAAACUACUUUCGUUCAAUUUCAGACUGUUACAAAACUCUGGGAUUGGCUACAAGAGAACAGAAAGUGAAGCUGUUACUUUAUGCAGAUAGUUGUACCUUCGAAGUAAAUAAACGUUCCUUUUAUAGAUGCUCCCGCCUGUUUCUUUUCUUUCUUUUUAAACAAACGAUCACAUCGUACAUCAUUCUUUGUUAUUGCCACGAAUUAAUGUAUCAUAAUCUAUUGUAAAAGGUUUGAACCCAGGAGACAUUUUAUAAGUAAGUAGAGGAUGAUGUUCCCGGUGAGCGAAACAGUCCUUUUCAGGACUACGCACACCGGAACGAUAGUGCUCCACUUACUUAUUAAUGUUUGUUUAAUUUGUUUGUUUUGCUGCAUUGUUAUUUUGAUGUCCUGAGUAAACGACCGUUGUUUGCGGCCCCACUGCUAGAUUCGCGUGGGAACCCGAAGUGGCGCUGCAAAGUUUCGGCUGUUUUCCCAGGUUUUGCUGUAGGGAGUUUUGCGUUGUAAUUCAGAAAACCGUAGUAUUUGAGUAAUGAGUUGCUCGAGAUUUCGAGAUUGUCUCGGUAGAUGUUUGUAACCAGUUGUCAAUAAAAUAGUUUAAAUAUAAAGUGGUUUUCAAUUGAGUAUCAAACAGUUUUUACCAUUUGCACCCCAAAACUGGAAAAUUGGUUGAAACUUCCUCAAACAGGAUGGUUCCUGUCGAUUGCUAAAGACAAGAUAGAAGGCUCGAAAGGCAUUAUUAGAUAAGGUAUAAGGUCAGUUCAAAAUCUUCAGAAACGCGACCAAACCGGGACGUUUUUUAAAUUCGGAUUCACGCAUGUGCGUGCAAAUCGGGUACGAAGGUAGGUUGGUUUUCGGCAGCCUAGUCCUUAGGCGUUCUCUGCUCUGUCAAUCCUGGAC